UGCCCACUAUUUCUCCCGAUCAAAUCGAUUCCUCUUUCUUUUUCUCUCUCUCUCUCUCUGAAAACCCUACAAUUCGAAAUUUGAAAUUCGGGGCUCCGAUCACCGACCAUGGGAAACACGGAGAAGCUCUUGAAUCAGAUCAUGGAGUUGAAAUUCACAGCCAAGUCUCUGCAACGCCAGGCGAAGAAAUGCGAGAAGGAGGAGAAAUCGGAGAAGCUGAAGAUAAAGAAGGCGAUGGAAAAGGGAAACAUAGAUGGCGCUCGAAUCUACGCGGAGAACGCGAUCCGGAAGCGCACUGAGCAGAUGAACUACCUGCGCCUCUCGUCUCGCCUCGACGCGGUGGUCGCGCGUCUAGACACGCAGGCCAAGAUGACGACUAUCAACAAGUCCAUGGGCAACAUCGUCAAGUCCCUCGAGUCUACGCUCGCUACCGGCAACCUCCAGAAGAUGUCCGAGACCAUGGACCAGUUCGAGAAGCAGUUCGUCAACAUGGAGGUCCAGGCCGAGUUCAUGGAGAGCGCCAUGGCCGGCUCCACCUCGCUCUCUACGCCCGAGGGCGAGGUCAACAGCCUCAUGCAGCAGGUCGCUGACGACUACGGCCUUGAGGUCUCUGUCGGGCUGCCGCAGCCGGCCGCACAUGCGGUGCCCACCAAGGAGGCCGAGAAGGUCGACGAGGACGACCUCUCUAGGCGCCUCGCUGAGCUUAAGGCCAGAGGUUAAUCGAUUGAAUCAAUGAUCAGGUUGUUGAUGACUGCUUAUUAUGAGAAUUCGAUAUGUGUAUGGUGCAUUAUACUUGUUAUAUUUUGUAAAAAUUUGACUGAAUUUGUAUUGCGCUUAAUGUUAUUGUAGACUAUGUGGUUAUUUUCGUGGA